AUGUCGCUCGCGGGCCUUUUCCUCGCGGCUCUCCGUGACCCAAAUCCACUUAGAGAGCCAGUAGUAGAGAGAGGGCCGCUUUCGAGCUUGCCGUAUCUCACUCUUCGGGUUCUGCUGACAAACACAAGGCGUUUAUCUCAGGGAAAACAGACAAAUGAGGCUCGCUGGUUUUCUGCUGCAGACGGUCCUAAAUGUGGAGUAACGCUGGUGCAGAGCUCUUCAGGUGUUACUUUGUGGGAUAAGAAAUCAUUGAGUGAAGAUUUAGACAGUCAUCCUCAGCUCCUGACAGAUUUGAAGUUCAGUAGCUCUGACUCGCUCUCUAGUAAGUCCAGUCUCCUGGAUGUAAGUGCUUCCCUGAAGGCCAGCUUCCUGGGGGGGCUGGUGGAGGUAGGAGGAUCUGCCAAAUACCUGUGUGACACCAAAUCCUCAAACCAACAGUCCCGAGUUACUAUGUAUUAUAGUGAAACCUCCAGAUUCGACCAGCUCACUAUGACCCAGCUGGGCAAGAUCACCUACCCUCAGGUGUUUGACCAGAAAACGGCAACUCAUGUGGUCACGGCUGUUCUGUACAAAGCUCAGGCCUUCAUGGUGUUUGAUCAGAUGUCUUCAAAAGAUGAAAAAAAGCAAGAGAUCGAGGGAAAACUGCAUGUCAUGGUCCGGAAGCUUCCUGGAUUUUCUAUUGAGGGAGAAGGAUCAGUAAAUAUGACAGAAGAUGAAAAGAAAAUCGCUGAGAAUAUCACCUGCAUAUUUCAUGGUGACUUCCAUCUUGAGCAGAACCCUACCACAUACACGGAAGCCCUGAAUUUGUACAAGCGGCUCCCAACUGUGCUGAAGGAGAAUCCACAGAAUGCAGUUCCAUUAAAAGUUUGGCUAUAUCCUCUUCAUUUAUUGGACAUAAAAGCUGCUAAGUUGGAGAGAGAAAUCAGCACAAAUCUGGUUUCCAACACUGAAGAUAUAAUGGAGGAGCUGGGAGAGGUACAGAGGACAUGCAACGACCUGUCCAGAAUAACAAUGGUAAAUGCUUUUAGUGACCUUGAAGACAGGCUGCACUCAUUUCAGGACUCAUUUAGUAUCUACAAGACAGUGCUCCAGAAAGCAUUGGCCAGAGUCUUGCCUGCUAUUCGAGGAGGAGGGGAGGAGCAGCAGUCACUGGAAGACAUCCUGAAGAUCCACUACAGCUCCCCUUUUAAUGCUGACAAACUUAAUCAGUGGUUACACGAUGCAAAAUCUGAACUUCACCUCUUGAAUUCUCAGACCAAGAUGAACCAAGCAGACUCUCUGGCACUGGAUCCGGUCUGA